GAACCGGAAGCUACGGCGGCUGAGAGAUCCCGUUGGAAACAAAACAAGCGACUCCUGUAGGGCGAGACUCGGGAACUGAUUUAGCCGAGCUCUCGUUGGAAGGAAGAGUAGAACUGCAAGAGGUUUUGUAUUUUUGUGGGAAAGUGAAGUGUGUGCAUAAGGCUGCUCUAAUGACGGAGCUAUCUGCACCCUUACCCUACUUCCAGAAUGCACAGAUGACAGAAGAUAGCCAUAUGAGCAAUACAGUACGAAACCAGAAUGAUGGCAGGGAAAGACAACGCCAUGAACAUAGUGAAAGGCGGCGGCACGGUAACCCUGAGUCAGAGACCAAUGGACAACCCCAGGGUGGCACAAGGCAGGUGGUGGAACAUGAUGAUGAAGAAGAUGAAGAGUUGACUUUAAAAUAUGGUGCCAAACAUGUGAUCAUGCUGUUUGUGCCAGUUACACUCUGCAUGGUUGUGGUUGUGGCCACUAUCAAAUCUGUCAGCUUUUAUACCCGGAAGGAUGGACAAUUAAUUUAUACUCCAUUCACUGAAGAUACAGAAACUGUAGGGCAGAGGGCACUACAUUCCAUUCUGAAUGCUGCCAUCAUGAUCAGUGUUAUUGUGGUUAUGACCAUCCUGUUGGUGGUACUUUAUAAAUACAGGUGCUAUAAGGUGAUCCAUGCCUGGCUUAUAAUUUCCUCUCUCUUGUUGUUGUUCUUCUUCUCAUUCAUUUAUUUGGGUGAAGUAUUCAAAACCUACAAUGUUGCCAUGGACUAUAUCACUCUGGCACUCGUGAUUUGGAAUUUUGGCGUGGUAGGAAUGAUUUGCAUCCACUGGAAAGGACCUCUUCGGCUCCAGCAAGCCUAUCUCAUUAUGAUCAGUGCUCUCAUGGCUCUGGUAUUCAUAAAGUACCUUCCUGAAUGGACUGCAUGGCUCAUCUUGGCUGUAAUUUCGAUAUAUGAUUUGGUAGCAGUUUUGUGUCCAAAAGGUCCAUUACGUAUGCUUGUUGAAACAGCUCAGGAAAGAAAUGAAACUCUCUUCCCAGCUCUUAUUUAUUCCUCAACAAUGGUGUGGUUGGUAAACAUGGCAGAAGGAGACCCAGAAGCUCAAAGAAGAGUUUCCAAAAAUUCUAACUACAAUGCACAAACUCCAGUAAACCAGAAUUCCAGCAAUGUCACUGACAGUGAUGAUGGCGGUUUCAAUGAAGAGUGGGAAGCUCAAAGGGAUCGUAAUCUGGGGCACCACCAGUCUACUCCAGCAUCCAGGGCUGCUGUGCAGGAGCUUCCUGGAGGACCUUCCCAUAUGCAUGAUGAUCCUGAGGAAAGGGGAGUGAAGCUUGGACUAGGAGAUUUCAUUUUCUACAGUGUUCUGGUUGGCAAAGCCUCAGCAACAGCUAGCGGAGACUGGAACACAACAAUAGCCUGUUUUGUAGCCAUAUUAAUUGGUUUGUGCCUUACCUUACUGCUUCUCGCCAUCUUCAAGAAAGCAUUACCUGCUCUUCCAAUCUCCAUCACCUUUGGGCUUGUUUUCUAUUUUGCCACAGAUUACCUUGUGCAGCCUUUUAUGGACCAGCUAGCAUUCCAUCAAUUUUAUAUUUAGCACAUUAAAAAUUGGAAUCCCAUGGAUUUUUCUCCUCUGACUGUAGUAAAAUCUGGAGAGGACAAAAAAAUUUUCCUCUUCUUCAUGGAACAGUUUCAAGAUUCCCAGAUGGAUUCAUUGCAACUUUCUCCCAGUUUUUUGUGAGAACUUGCCUCCCUGAACAUUGAAAGGCAGUAAAUGGUUUUAAAUGUUCAUUUUUAAUUUUUUUUUCCUACAAGAAGCCACCUGGAUUUGUGAAUAGAAAUAGGAGGAAAACAAUAGGCUAAAAAAUUGUUAAUGCUUCCACCAGCAAUUUAUCCCUUGGUAACAGGUAGAUAUUACCAACACUACAGACUCUCAGGACUACUAUUGCCAAGAGGUUAAAUGAGGGAAGUUGUUAAACCAAACAGUAAUCUUUAUUUGAACACACAUGUUGAAAAAAGAUCAACCUAAUAAAUCUGUGUUAGUUAAGUGUUGAGCCAUUUGGGUGUAUCAUCAGGUGGACAGACAUCUGCAGCCAAAUGGAAUGGAGAAAAGGGAGGCAGCUUGCCACUUCCAGAUUUUUAUGCUAGAAGUUCAAGCCAUUUUCAAGUAAAAGAAUCUCUUCCACCUUGGGUCAAGCCAGGUGCUUAGACAGAUUUUAAUGGUUUUUUUUUUUUUUUUUUUUUGGUUGUUCUGAAGCACUGAAGUUUUAUCACUUUUCACUUUCACCAUUUCUUCUCAACCUCAAUCUAAAGUUAAAAAAAAAAAAAAAACAACUAGUCCAUCUCAAAGGACUUUGGUUCAAGAUUCAGUAGAUAUUGUGGUAAGGGGACUAUUCAAAGCUUGCUCCUCACCAGCAUUCUCAAAAUGCUUCGGCUGUUCAACUAAAUUUCUGUCCGUCCUUGCUGUGAUGGCAGCACACAAUUAAUCUUUGUUUUUCAACAGGUACAGCAUUCCAAGUUCAUGUUUCCCCACAUACCUUCCAUCUUUCCCCUUCACUCCAAAUUGCAUGUAAUUCUUCUAAGACAGAUAAUCCAUCAUAGCAAUGAAUGGAUGACCUAUUUAUUUUAGAAUUUAACUCAAGCAUGCUUAUAAAUUGCUGCAGUUAACCUUUUUCUUGUAAUUUCUUCACCAAUAUACAGACUUCAUCCAAAGUUUGUGGCCAAAAGCUGGGGAAUUAAAAAAAUAUGAUGUUUUGUGAUAUUCUUUUUCUUAGUCUGAUUCAAUAUUUCUGGCAGCUGUUGAGAAUUAGAAUGCACUGCUGAAGGCAAAUUAUUUUUUAAGUACUUUGUGAAUCAAUUUUGUUUAGCAAAGUUAGAAAGUAGUAGGUAGAAAGAUACUAUUUUUAGUCUAAAGCUUGGCCUAUGGAGAACAUGGGGUUAAGAGGAGAAGUCACUGAUGAGUGAAAAAGAGGCCUCAAACAGCGAAUAGGCAAAAUAAACCAAAUACUAAAGAGCAGAUACCAAAUCAUUUAUCAAAGACUUUACAAUUGGUUUUUUGUGAUUACACCUCUCCUAUUGCAGGUUGUUUCAAAAUAUCUUUGUUUGAAUUGAGGACAGUGAAGACUGUGAAAGCAUUAAAAUCCAGGUUCUGUACAAGUAUGCCAAACAAAAAAAAUCUGAUGACUGCCCUUUUUAGAGGUAAUCUCUCUAAAGUCUGUGUGGUAGACAGCAAACUCUGUUGGCCUUCUUUACCUCAGAGAACCUUUAGCUUUAGUGAUGAAAUGAUGUGAUCUGAAGGCGUGGCUCAGGAAUGGCCAAUAUCAUCUCUUCUCCUUAACAUGUUUCUAGCUGUAAUAUAUUUUCUAGAUUGGAGCAAUUCCCUGGAAUAUAUAUACCCUGCCAGUGGAUGACUUCUCUGAUUUAUUAUGGUAAUAAGUAAAAUGUGUGUAUUCACCUGGUUUGGGAUUUUAUGUUUAGAUAAUGCUUUUGUAUCUAAGUACUUGCUUAUAUUGGAUUGCUUUGGGAAUUUCAGUGGAAAUGAAGGAUGCAAAAAAAAAAAAAGGAUGAAUUUCAGAAUGUUUGAUUGUUUUGCUUUUUUAAAAAAGUCUGAAUAUUUUCUUCACUUAAUACUUUUCUCUUUCUUUCCCACUUAAAUAAUUUAAAGCAGGAAUAUUAUUUCCUGUAGUUUUACCUGUGAUUCAGAAGCCACUUAUAUAUCAAUUCAUCAUCUCAGGAAUUAAGUGAAGCAUAAAAUAGGUUCUUUUAAAAAAGGCUUCCAGAUAAACCCUAUGUAUUAUAGAUUUUGACUUCAAACUAGAGUUUACCUAAGAGAGAUUUUAUUGUGUGUUUAUUGGCCACCCUGUAUUUUAGUUUUUCCCCUUGAAAGGCUUGUGAUGCUACAUGCAAAUCUAAGCCAUGUCUAAAUCAAACUGUAUAACAACAAACAGACCAUUAUGUUCCAUUAAGUAGAGCCAAGGAUAUCAGUAGUAUGAAUUUGCCCCCAGACACUCUGUAAGGACAAGUUUAGACAUCCCAGAAUAUGAGGUCAUGGUAUGAAACAGAGGAAGUUCCAGAUGCAUGCUUUAAAGUCAUUCAGGAAUGGGUAGUCACAGUAUUCAUCUCAUAAGUGGGAAUCUGGGGAUAGCUAGCAGUGGGGCUCUUCCACAAUGGGAAGAGCACUGCAUUGAACUAACCAACAAAGUGCAACAGAUUCAGAAGUUAGAUAAAUUUCAAGUUUAGUUUAAAAUUAAAAUAUCCUUUAAAAGAAAGGAGUUAAUAGGUGAGAAAAUAGUAGAUUUGUAUUUAGUUUUGACACACAAAAUAAUAGAGUACAUUUUUGUAGAAAGUAGUUUACAAGAAGAUUGAUGUUGUUUGAUUCCCUGGACUAGAAGCCACAGGUUUUGUUGUUUUUGUUUUUGUUUUUGUUUUUUGUAAUGGCCAAUUCAAUAUUGUACUUCGAGGUUAUUUUCUUUCUUUCUUUUUUUUUUUUUUUUUUUUUUAGAAAACACCCUUAUCUUUUACUAAAGUAUCUUCCUACUAAAAGUUAAGCAAAACCAACUAUUAGAACAAAUUGCAGGUACCACAACUUCUUAUUGAUUGCAUUUUACAUUUAGAAAAAAUUGGAAAUCAUGAUCUUUGCAGAGCUUAGAAGAAAAGUAUGGGGAAAGGCAGCAAUUUAUUAUUAAUUUGUCUACCCAUAAAAGCAACAACUGAAUAUAUUGUUUUAAGUUCUGAAUGUUGGAUCUCCUCCCUGUGUGUCAUUUACAUCUAACAGGCUGCAAAUAAUAUUAUAUUACAUUUUGCUCUUAUCUAAAGCCGUUUCCCUAAAGACUUCAAAGCAUUUUUCAUAGAAACGCAUCUGUACCCCACUGGCAAAAGGGGAAAUAUAAGAAAUUAAGCAAUUAAUGGAAGUCAGGUGAUGUCAGAAGCAGAACUAGAGCUAUGUUCUGUGAUUCUUGACUACAAGUUCCUCAUUUUAUUUACCACACCAUGCGCUCAAUCAGCAACAUUUUUUUCCUGGAAGGAAGAGGCUACGUUACCUUGGACUUUUCUAAAUUUUUCAAGAGUUUCACUUGAACUGUGUUACUUCUUUCCUGUUUUCUAACAUACAGAUAACUUUAAGCUCUUUAAAACAUUGGAAACUUUAGGCAUAAUGACUGUAUACUCUGAUCUGUAACCACUUUUUCAUGGUUGUUAAGGGCUCUUGCCACAUGAACAUAGUUGACACUGAAAAUUGCAAUAAUGCUGUCAGAGCCUUAUGUAGCAUAUGCUGUCACAGCUUCUCUACCUGUACCAUCUCUGCAUGAGAAGCAGGCUCGUGAACUGGAUUGUGCUCAUUUCAGGAAUGAGUCUUCUGAGUGAACUAAGGCUUCUUUCCUUCUCUUCCUCUGAAUUUGCCCUUAUCAUAGGAAGACAGUACCCUACCUCCCUCUUCCCCUGCAGAUGUCCUAACACUGUGUUGGAUCCUAAACACUGUGUUGGAAAGGAGCUUUCAGAACUGUACAGAUGAUCUCACUGAUCUCAUGGCAGAGACUUUUGUAUCUUCAACUUGAGCAUAGAGCAUAUAUCUUCGUAACGUCUCUAAAAUCCCAGAAUAGAGGACUUUGAAAAUCACUCGCCAACUUUCAACUCUUUGCAGCCCUGCCAUAAAAGAAUGAUCUCUGAGUAGCUUAUUUGGAUGCCAUUAGCUGGUGGUCUUACCUGAUUAGAGGAAACACCUCCCUAAGGAGAGGAUUAUGUUAGGUAUUGCCUUGACCACCAGUAUAGUCCUGAUCAGAAACCUACCAAUUUUACCUGCUGUACUUGAAAGCUGCCUCCUGCUGACAUCACUCAAUGUCUCUGUCUACAAAGCAAUUUCAGAAUAUCUCAGAAAGGUACCACUUCCUGGAUGCUUGCUCUGUCAUUAAUAAGAGGAGACGGUUGGGUCCCUCCUCAAAUGUGCCUGACUAGAACUUCAGGUUGGACUAUGCAGUGGGGAAAGUUUCCUUCUUAGGACAUUUUCCUUUUUAAAAGAACAAGUAUUUAUUGGAACCAUUGGCAGCAGCUUCAGAACUUUGAAUCAUGCAGUGGUGGCUACAGGGUUGUGCACACUGCAAUAGUGGCUUGGUUUACAAUGCGAUUGGACAUGCUGGAAUAUGGGCUUCAUUGGGAUUCCUUUACUUUCAAGUGUUUGCUGUUUUGUUUUUGUUUCUACAGAUACUGAUUUGUACAUAAUCCAGAAAGAAUGUGAAAACAUCUUUUUGUAACACCUUUCAAAUUCUUGAUAAGAUACAAUUUUGAUAGAUUGCAAAAUUUUCCUGUAUUUGUCAGAUUAAUAAACUAAAGAUCGCAUGAAUCCUAA